AUGUGUAGAGGUGUUACUCCGGGUAGCGAUUUAACCUCUUUGCUGAAUAAGACUAAGCUCAUCAUUUGGGACGAAGCCCCUAUGACGAACAAAUAUUGUUUUGAAGCUUUGGACAGGAGUAUGCGAGACGCUUUACGAGAUUCAAAUGGUAUUUCUUCGGACUCUCCAUUUGCUGCUAAGGUAGUUGUUUUUGGAGGUGAUUUUAGGCAGGUAUUACCAGUUAUUCCAAAAGGAACACAACAAGAUAUAGUUUUUGCAUCAUUAAACUCUUCUUACAUUUGGCAUUCGUGUAAGGUUUUAAGGCUUACAAAGAAUAUGAGGUUGCAAACUCAGUCUGUUGAUGAUAAUGAUUUAAAGGAUUUUGCUGAUUGGAUUUUAAAGAUUGGUGAUGGCAUACUAGGAGAACCUAAUGAUGGAGAAGCCAUUAUUGAUAUUCCUGAUCAAUUUCUCAUUAAGGAUGUUGUAGAUCCUAUUGGUGCCAUAGUUGAAAGUACAUAUCCAUCCAUACAGGAGAACUUAAGUGACAUAAACUUUUUUCAAGAAAGGGCUAUACGUUGUCCUACAAAUGAUAUUGUUGGGAAAGUGAAUGAAUAUGUUCUUUCUUUAUUACCUGGGGACGAAAAGUUUUACUUAAGUUCUGAUUCUAUAAGUAAAGCAGAUGGAUGUUUUGAGUCUAAUGCCGAUGCUUAUUCUGUAGAGUACUUAAACAGUAUUGCGUGCUCUGGCCUUCCAAAUCAUGAGCUUAAAUUGAAGGUUGGUGCUCCUGUUAUGAUGCUUAGAAACAUUGAUCAAUCAGCUGGAUUGUAUAAUGGCACACGAUUGGUAGUCAACCAGCUUGGAGAUGACAUUGUCGAGGCAACUAUUCUUACAGGAUGCAAUAAAGGAGAAAAGGUUUUCAUACCAAGAAUAACAUUGACUCCAACAGAUACCACACAGCUCCCAAUUAGACUUCAAAGAAGACGAUUUUCUUUGAUGCUUUUGAGAAGUAAGAAAGGACAUAAAAUUCUUAUUGACAAAGAUAAUCAAACAACUACGUCGUCGUCGUCGUCUACUGACAAUGUGCAAAGGGAGAACAUAGCAAGAUUCAACCAAGAUCAAGCUUUUAGAGGGUCCAAUUUAAUUCCACAAACAACCCAAUUCGGCCUCAUUAUCCAGUCUGAAUUCGGUCCACCUCGGGAGGUAAAAUUCUAUGGAUAG